CUGCUAGUAGUCAGUGACCAGCGCUUCUUACAAUCAGCUAUAUAAGUGCUCGGAAAACUUCUUAUCGGCAGUCAGUUCUCGAACGUUAGCAAAACUCAGCAGUCGUCGUGAUAGUGCACCCAACAGUAAUCACACAAAAAUGGCAUCGUACAAAGCUAUUAUUCUGCUGGCAGUAGUUGCUUUGCUCGCUCUUGUGUCCGCCAUUCCUGCACCACAGCAACCAGCGGCGCGGCAACCCAUCGAACCCCGUCCGGCCGGUGCGGCACCCGCUCCCGCAGAUGAUCUAGAAUCGGCAUCCGAGGAUCAGGAUCUGAAAGGAGCCAGCUCCUACGGCUAUGGAUACUACGGCUACCCAGGAUACGGAUAUGGUUUCGGAGGAUACCCAUAUGGAUACGCAUACGGUUACGGUAGUCGCUACCCAUACUACCGAUAUGGAGGACUGUACGGUGGAUAUUGGUACUAAACUCACAGAAAGUCGCUCGUAACCACAAGUAUCGUCUCAUACGUGCGCCAUACGUUACCGGUUUUGUCUCCCAUUUCUUCCAUCCCAUACUUGACUCAGUGCUAUUUGUUACCUGUUCAUACAAACAGAGAAAAGUGAUCUUAUAUGAGGUAGUCCGGUGGAUUUUACUCAAGCAGAAAAUCGAUGAAAACUUAGUCGAUGAUAAUCUCUUUCAACGCAUUAGGUUUCUAAAAAGUAUAAAAAAAAUGCCAAAUUUAGAAAAACGACAAAAAAGCUGUUGUAUAUAUAUUCUGUUUUUCAUAUAAAAAAAGCGUAACUUGAA